UGAUGUUGUUCAGAAGAUCUUUGAUGCUUUUAAACCCUUGUUUAAGAUCAAAUUCAAGAUUUUUGAUCUAAAGACCAAGAUAUUAUUUUGGAGAUCAGAGAAAAGAAAAUCCAUUAAGUGAUUUAGAUUAGAAGCCUCCACUUACUAAAGAUGAAGUUAAAGAAACUUUAAAAGGUUAAGAGCCUGAAGAAGAGGAAGACAUUUCUAAGAGAUCUAAUGUGCUUCUAUAUUCAUUUGGUGCCAUAGGAUUAAUGUUAGGAUAUGUGUUUAUGCAGAUAACUUAGAUGGGAUAUCAAAAUAAAUCUAAACCUGUAGAAAUGACUGUCAAACAUAAAGGAAAGGCAUAAAUGUAUUUUAGUAAUUCAUUUCAAGAGGUGGACCAUGGAAAUUAUUGACUACAGAUGGAAGAGUUAUGACUGAUUAAGAUUUGAGAGGAUCGUAUUAUAUGAUAUACUUUGGUUUUUGUAAUUGUCCUGAUAUUUGUCCUGCAUCACUUCUUAAACUUUCAAAGGCAUUAUAAAGGAUUAGAUAAUUACCAGAGGGAAAAGUAUAAAUCUAAUUAUUAAAAUAGCUUUUUAAUUUAAAAACAAUAUUUGUUUCAGUUGAUCCUGAUAGAGAUUCAGGAGAAAGAGUUGAAAGAUUUUUAUCUCAUUUUGAUAAAAGUAUAAUAGGAUUAAGAGGAAGAACAAAUGAUGAUCCAGAAUUAAAAGAAGCAAUGAGAAAUUUUAAAAUUUAUGCAUCAAAAAUCAAAUUCUAAUAAGAAGAUGAAAAAACAAAAUAAACAACGGAUGAAUAUACAAUAGAUCAUACAAUUAUAACUUAUUUAAUGGAUAGUGAGAAUAAUUAUGUAACACAUCUUGGAUCAAAUUUGGGUGAAUUUGAUUUGGCUAGAAUAAUUGUAGAAAAGAUUUUAGAAAAUGAGAGAGAAAAAAUGUAAAAUUGAUAU